CCGAUUCGAGUGCGCGCCGCACGUGGGUCGGGCUCACUCUGUAGAAUCGCGCCAUAUUGGAUGGAUAGGGUAAGAUAGCGGCCUUUGAGCCAAAUUUGUUUCGCUUUAAAUCCUCUUGAAGAGGACCGCGCGUGGUGAUGGAGAACUCCUACGGCAUAGGGGUGACCAAUAAGUACUCCGUGUUCCUGGAGGAUGAUGCCGGGGACCCAUUUGAGAUUUUGGAGAACGCCAAGAAGGAAGCCGAGAAGAAGGUAAAGGUAUCUGGAAAAGAGAAUAAGACCUCCAAGAAUGCAGUGACGAAGCCUGUAAAGAAAUCAGUAACAAAGGAAUCGGGCAAUGAAAAGGAUUCUCGGCAAGCAGGUGCUGCCGUUCAGGGCGGCGGCCGCGGUGGUGCGCCAGGCCGACGCGGCGGCGGCGCCGGCGGCCCGCCCGGCGAGUCCCGCGAGGAGCGCAACAACCGCCGCAACUGGGACGAGCGCCCCGAGUUCAGGGACGGCGGGGCGCCGCCUCGGUUCGGCGGCGGCGGCGGCGGCGGCGGCGGCGGCGAGAUGUCGGAGCGCGGUCGUGGCCGCGGCCGUGGCGGCCUGGGGGGGCGUGGCCGCGGCCGGGGACGCGGCGGCGGCAUGGACAGCCGCGGCAAGCGCGAGUUCGACCGCCAGUCGGGCUCCGACCGCAGCGGGGUGAAGGCGGUCGACAAGCGCGACGGCAGCGGCCGCGGCAACUGGGGCACCGUGCAGGACGAGCUGGCCGAGCUGGAGGCGCCGUCCGAGGAGCCGGCCGCCGAGACGGAGCGCGAGCCGGCCGCCGAGCCGGCCGAGGACGGCGUCGGCGGCGAGGAGGCGCCCGCCGAGCCGGAGGGGCCGCAGGAGCUGACGCUCGACGAGUGGAAGAAGCAGCAGGAGCCGCGCCGCCAGCCACAGUUUAACGUGCGCCGCGCCGGCGAGGGCGAGAACCUCACCCAGUGGAAGAAUACGUUCGAGCUGAAGAAGAAGAAGGGCGAGGACGAGGACUCUGACGACGAUGGCGAGGAGUCGGAGGACGAGGAGCACGACGUGCGUCAUGGCCGGCCCAAGCACUUCGUCAAGGAGAUCGAGUUUACGUUCUCUGACAACCGACGCGGGCGCGGCGGCCGCGGGCGCGGCGCGUUCCGUGGCGGCGAAGACAGCGGCUACCGCGGCGGAUACCGUGGCCGCGGCGGUCGCGGCGGCGAGGACGGCUCGCGCGGCGGCUACCGCGGCUCCGGCGAGGAGGGCGGCUAUCGGGGAGGCUAUCGCGGCCGCGGACGCGGCGGAGAGGACGGCGGCUACCGCGGCGAAGAGGGAGGUGCAGGCUACCGCGGCGGCUUCCGUGGACGCGGCGGCGAGGAAGGCGGGCCGCGCGGCGGCUUCCGCGGCGGGCGCGGCGAGUACCGCGGCCGCGGCGCUGGCCCGCGCGGCACGCCGCGCCAGAACGCGCCGAAGGUGGACGACGAGAACGACUUCCCGUCGCUGGGCUGAGCUCCGCUCGCGACCGCCGCGGCCAGCGGCCGGCCACCGGCUCCCUGUGAGCUGUACACGGUCCCACCCCGUACGGUGUAGGUUAUACCUGGUUGAAAGUCGCGAGCGACGCGAGAUUUGCUGAUCUUCGUGGACUGGGCGGCUGAGUUCACUCUGCUGCCGACUACUGCCGCCGCGAGCAAUGACGAACAAUCUGAGGUCGGUGCCGCGGCCGGGCACUGCAGGCCCGCUGGCCACAGGCAAAGGACUGCCCCGAAAUAGCAGCGCGGAAGCCAAAAAAGGCUAUGGCUGUGGCGUGCAAAAACGCAGGCAUCGACUCUGGCAGCCGGACGCCAGUGCACCGGGCGUCGGGACUCCACGACGGUCGUGUGAUUGGUCUCGUCUGGGAAGCUGAAACGUGAAUACGUCCCGCAUAUGUGUCGGGGGAGGCCACUCGCGUUGUUCUCAUAACACUUGAUUAUGAAUGCAUGUGGGGUGCGCUCUGGUGGGGCCGCCGCCCGUCCGCGCGCAUCUCUCCGCGUCCGCCCCGCUCAUAAACUGGCCUAGUCGCUCGCUAACCUCUCGAUCUUGGGUUUGGCCCGCCUACAGUGUGGCGCGAGCGAGAAAACUCACGUGCAUCCCUCCCCGAAAUCGAAAAUUAAUCACGGACGGAUCAUUGUCAUCUAUUAGCUUGUUUGUUUUGUAUGUAUUUAAUGACGGUGGAAGUUGAACCGCGCGCCAAUUUUGUAUUGUGGGACAUCGAGCGUACAAUACAGUUUCAGAUGGUGAA